ACUUAAAAAGUUCGACAGCAAAAAUUGUACAAUGACAGAAAAAGAACAGGGUGUUGAAGAUUUCCAGUUGGUGAAAGAAUCCGAACUAAGAUUUGAAGUGGAGUCUAAAUCUAAAGUAACAUUAGAGGGGAGGUUACUUUCUUUGAUGAUUGCCAGACUGCAAUUUGUGACAAAAUGUCAACAGACGCUGAAAGAUUGGAAAUACUUUGUGUUACUAAGAAACAAUAUAAAGGAAUAAAAUUAAUAUGCUUGUUAGUGGAAAAGCAGAGAUAUUUGGCAGUGAACUUGCAAUAGGUAAAAAGUAUGCAUUCAAAGCCAGUUCUAAGGUUGCAGUUUUCACAUGGCACAGUUGUCACAUCAAGAUAUCAGGAAAGACAGAGGUAGCGUACAUAUCACAGGAGACGCCUAUGGUUGUCUACCUGAACACACAUGUGGCUUUGGAACAAAUGCGAAUGAAAUCCGAAGAAGAUACUUCAAGAGGCCCAAGGAUUAUGAUAUGUGGUCCAACAGAUGUGGGAAAGAGUACCUUGUGUAAUCUGUUACUCAAUUAUGGAGUGCGACUUGGCAGAGCUCCAAUGCUUGUGGACCUGGACGUGGGGCAGGGUCAGGUGUCCAUUCCUUGCACCAUGGGCGCUUUCACAGUUGAAAGGCCAUCAGACCUAGAAGAGGGGUUUUCUCAAAGUGCUCCUAUAGUGUUUCACUUCGGACACACAUCUCCCACCAAGAACCUUACCUUGUACAACCUCCUGGUAGCCAGAGUAGCUGAUGUUAUCAACAUGAAAUGUGAUACCUUUAAGAAAGUGAACCACAGUGGAGUGAUCAUCAACACAGGGGGCUGGGUAAGAGGCUCAGGCUAUGACUCCCUUAAACACACUGCUGGAUCUUUUGAAGUGGACAUUAUAGCAAUCCUAGACCAAGAGCGACUCUACACAGAGAUGAAAAGGGACAUGCCUGACUUUGUGCAGAUUAUUUUGUUGCCAAAAUCUGGUGGGGUUGUGGAGAGAAGUUCCAAUCAGCGGUCAGACGCCAGGGAUUCUGCAAUACGCAACUACUUUUAUGGCCCCAAAAAUACCCUGUUUCCACACACCUUUGAAGUGAAAUGUUCGGAAAUCAAAAUUUACAAGAUUGGUGCUCCGUCUCUCCCGGACUCCUGUCUGCCACUGGGCAUGAAACCACAGGAUAACAAGACCAAACUUGUGCCAUUGCUGCCAAGUACCAGCUUGUUACAUCAUGUGUACAGUGUGAGUUCAGCUGAGUCGGCAGAGGAGAAUGUCAUAGAAGCCAACGUGAUCGGCUUUGUUGUCUUUACUGAAUACCAUCAAGACAGAAACAGCUUUACUGUGUUAUCUCCUGCACCUCACCCACUUCCUAGACCCAUUCUUCUACAGACAGAGCUGCAGUUCAUGGACAUACAUUAAUAGUUGGCCAAUACGGAAUGGCAACUUCUGGGCUAAUUUUGUAAUACGCUGUUUGUACAUUCAACAGUUUAUUCUCGGCCAAAAUACCAAACAGUGGGACAAUCUUGAUGGCAAAAGUGAUAUUGUACACAAAUACUGGUCUUUUUUGUUAAACACUGUUUAUACAGUAUAUUCUAGGGAAAAAACACCUUGUCAGUAUUUUUACAGACAUGCUGAAAGAGCAAUAUGUAGAAUAAGUUCUACAUGCCCUGGGAAAAGUUAUGAUUUUGAGAAAGCAAAAUGAAUGCCCAUAUGGCCAUGAAAUGUAGGAUAACUAAAGUCAUGCCUUUUAUUGACAAUGGAUAGCAAUGGACCAGCUGGUUAACAGUAUUGUGACAGUAAAUGAUCUAAUAGGUUGCAAACAUUUUGUGGCAUAGGAUUUGUAAGUAACUGUCCAUGUAAAUUAAUAAUUGUUUUCAGCUCACCUGAGAAAAACAUGCUCAUAGUGAGAUUGUGUGAUCAACUUUUUGUGUUGGCCAUCAACAUUAAAACUAUAGAGGCAAUACAUUUAGCCCAGUCUUAAUUAAACUAAGUAAAAACAUUUUUGUAACAAUAACAUAUUUGCUUAGUUCAAAACUGGGUCAUGUGAUGUCAAGAAACUAGGUCACUUGGUAAUAUUAAAAAAAAAAACUUGUUAACACUCUAUAACUCUUAUUUUCAGCCCAAUCAUCAUGAAUUUUGCGCAAACUUUUGUUCUUAUGAUUUCUUAAAAAACUUGAAAAUGGGUCUUUUCCAUUGAAAAACAAUUCCACCAUGGUGGGGUGUGACAGUUUUCCUUAUUUGGUGGUAGUGAAACCUUGUGAACAUUCUUGUAGUCAACUUUGUUUUCAAUGAACAUUUAACUUGUGCAGAACAUUUGUUCCAACUAUACCUGCCAAGUUGUAAAAUGGUUCCAGAAACAUCACAAAAGCUGCACAGAUUAAUUAACCUCCUGCAAUUCUCAAGUGAGCUGUAAAGAAUCACAAAAGGCUUAAUUCAACCAUUUUCUUAGUUUAAGACCAAGCUCUAAUUUCUUACUUGUUACUUUUUUUCAUUCUGGCAUUUUUUUAACACAUCCAUCAGCUUCAGAUGGAAUUGAUUGAUAAUAGAUAAAUAUUGCUACACAUGUUUAAUUAAUAAAAUAUUUGGUGUGUUCCAAAAAUUGUACCAACAUAUGCGCAAUAUCUGUAAAUUAUUCAAGGUUAAACACAUAAUUUCAGACUUUUCAACAAACUGCUAACAUUUAGAAUUGAACUAUGUUGAAUGUAAAAAUUAUAAAUUGAGUGACCAUAAUGGCA